AUGAAAGCUUGCAACUAUUUAUUCCAAUCGAUAGACAAAUCGAUUCUAAAGAUGAUCAAGCAGAAGGAGACGACAAAGCAAAUUUGGGACGCGAUGAAAUUGAAAUAUAAAGGAAAUGCCAGAGUGAAGCGGGCUCAACUACAACGACUUCAUAGGGAUUUUGAGACGCUAGAGAUGAAAUUUGGAGAAACAGUCACCGAUUAUCUUGGGCGGGUCAUGGUGAUUGCAAAUGAUAUGCGGAAUGCAGGGGAAGACAUGAGUGAAGUGAAAAUCAUAAAGAAGGUGCUAAGAACCAUGACAAAAGAAUUCAAUUUUGUGGUUUGUACAAUCAAAGAGUCAAAAGACAUCAACAACAUGACAGUAGAUGAACUCCAGAGUUCCCUGUUGAUUCACAAACAAAAAAUUAGAAGAAAAGUGAAUGACGAGCACGUGCUGAAGGUGGAACACGACCACAACUCUGGACGAGGAAGGGGUCGAGGCAGAGGAAACACUGCUAAAGGAAGAGGGCGUGGAUGA